AUGAAGGACAUAAAUGUCUUUGAGUUGAUUGAGAUCACUGGAGUUCAUUACAAACUAAGAAGUGUUGUGCGUUGUAACAAUAACCACUUCACUUGUGCUGUUGAAAGUCAUAGUAAAUGGACUUAUUUUGAUGACCUUUGUUUUACUGUAAAAGAGUUUGCAAAUUUUUCUUCCUUGCGACAAGUUUAUAAAGAAGGGUGGUUUUUCACAAUUUAUGAGCUGGGAGAGAUGGAAAUACAGUAUGAACAAGAUGAAAUUUUCAACUGCACACCAGACACAUCUGGAAAUUACAAUACAUACAUGAAAAUGAAACGUAAUGCAAGGGCAAAAAUUGCAUGUGAGCCAGGUGCAAGAGAAAUAUUGGACAACUCCCUCAUGGUAGACCUAGAGAAUACUAAUGAUGCUAAAAUCAGUAAUACUCCAUCAUUUUCAGGUCCUAAAGUUGUGCACAAUCAGAGAAAAAAAGAAAACACAAGGAAAAACGUUAAUUUUACAAGAAAUAGAAAAAGAAAGAUUCCACAGAAAGAGGCAAUUGCAAACAUAGCAAAGAGACGUAAGAAUUCUGAUGAAUCUGUGCAACCUUCUGAGAAUUCAUCACUUUACUUU